AUGAAGCUGGACUCUCUGGUGAUCGUGGCGGAGAAGAUAACACUGGACAAACUGCUGGACAUUAUGGACGUUGUCAGUCACCGUCCUCCCAAGUUCACCAAGAUUCCCACGGACCAGAUCGGAGUGUCAGGGGGCGUGGCAUCAUUUGUGUGCCAGGCUGUCGGCAAUCCCAAGCCUGUCGUCUACUGGAACAAGAAGGGCAAGAAGGUCAACUCCCAGCGUAUCGAGGUGGUUGUCACAGUGCACAGUGUUCAAAAUCGGUGUGUUUCUAACAUCCAGUCUGUCGCUGAGUGUGAUUUGGUGGCAGCUAAAGCUGAAAAUCCAGCCUCACUGGGGAUGGCAGCAGUGCGCGGUGUGCCGUGGACCGGGGCCCUUAACGGCUCAGCAGAAUUGGACUGUCCUAUUUCAGUGGGCAGACUAUUCCACGAGAAGUAUCAGCAUGCUAGUCUUUCUAUAUUGGACUUUUCUUUAUUUGUGUGUGUCUGUUUUUUUCUCUGUCCAUCAGGUCCUCCCAAGUUCACCAAGAUUCCCACGGACCAGAUCGGAGUGUCAGGGGGCGUGGCAUCAUUUGUGUGCCAGGCUGUCGGCAAUCCCAAGCCUGUCGUCUACUGGAACAAGAAGGGCAAGAAGGUCAACUCCCAGCGUAUCGAGACCAUAGAGUUUGACGACGGUGCUGGAGCUGUGCUGAGGAUCCAACCGCUCAGAGCACCCAGAGAUGAAAACGUCUACGAGUGCGUGGCACGGAACAGUGAAGGAGAGGUUUCCGUCACCGCAAAACUGGCCAUCAUCAGAGAGGACUUGCUGCCUUUCGGCUUCCCCAGUAUUGACAUGGGUCCACAGUUGAAAGUGGUGGAGCGAACAAGGAUGGCCACGAUGCUGUGUGCUGCCAGCGGCAUCCCGGACCCAGAGAUUUCUUGGUUCAAAGACUUUUUGCCCGUGGAUACCAGCAGCAGCUAUGGACGCAUCAAACAACUCCGAUCAGGAGCAUUACAGAUAGAAAACAGCGAUGAAACAGACCAAGGAAAAUAUGAGUGUGUAGCCAACAACUCUCAAGGCGUACGCUACUCCUCUCCUGCCAACCUGUAUGUGCGAGAGCUUCGAGAAGGAGCGACAGACACAUUACGCCGCGUGCCUCCUCGUUUCUCCAUUCUCCCUUCCAACCAUGAGAUCAUGCCAGGAGGGAGUGUCAACAUCACCUGUGUGGCAGUGGGUUCGCCCAUGCCUUACGUCAAGUGGAUGCUGGGCAGUGAGGACCUGACCCCCGAGGAUGAAAUGCCGAUUGGUCGAAAUGUACUGGAGCUCAAUGGUGUCCGGGAAUCGGCAAAUUAUACGUGUGUGGCCAUGAGCAGUCUGGGUAUCAUCGAGGCCAUUGCUCAGGUUUUAGUUAAGACUUUGCCAAAGCCUCCUGGUACACCCAUUGUCACGGAAACCACUGCUACCAGUGUGACCAUCACCUGGGACUCCGGCAACCCUGAUCCUGUCUCCUACUACAUCAUCCAGUAUCGAGCUAAAGGCCCAGACAGCAAGUACGAGACCGUGGACAGCAUCACCACCACCCGCUACAGCAUCGGAGGACUGUACCCCAAUACUGAGUAUGAAAUCCGAGUGUCAGCUUUCAACAGCAUUGGGCAAGGCCCCCCCUCAAUGCGCGUGGAGGCUCGUACAGGAGAGCAAGCCCCUGCCAGUCCACCUCGAAAUGUCCAGGCCCACAUUAUUUCUGAGAACACCGUUAUGGUCCGCUGGGAGGAACCAGAGGAGCCCAAUGGACAGGUGAAGGGCUACCGCGUGUACUAUACCAUGGACCCAUCCCGGCCUAUGAAUGAGUGGCAGAUUCAUAAUGUCCAGGACAGCAUGAUCACCACCAUUCAGAACCUGGUGACAUCAGAAACCUACACCAUCCAGGUCCUUGCUUUCACCUCUGUAGGGGAUGGACCGUACUCUGACCCUGUCCAUGUUAAAGUCAUGCCCGGAGUCCCAGGACAGCCAGGGAAAUUUAAGGUUGGUAGAGUGACUGACACCAGCAUUGAGCUGACCUGGGAGCCUGCGUACACCAAGGAGGGCAUCGUCAACUACGAGCUACUCUACAAACCUGUCAGGUUUGGCAGUUUGGAGAAACUGACCUUUGGACCGAGGAAUUCGUACACAGUGGAGGGUCUGAAAGCGAACACAGAGUACUCCUUCUCUCUGGCAGCCAUCUCAAACAAAGGCAUCGGAGCGUUCACCAAUGAACUAGUGCAGAAGACGUCACAAGCCAAGCCCUCAGCCGCACCUGAGGGUGUGUCCUGUGAGAGCGCCAGCUCUACCUCGCUGCGAGUGAGUUGGAGGCCACCUCCAAUGGAGGGCCAGAAUGGCCUAUUGGCAGGUUAUGAACUGACAUACUGGCCAGUGUCUGGGGCAGGAGACAGAGGUCAGGGCCAGGGGGUGAAAAGGCUUGAUGUCCCAGCCAAGCAAAGGCAGACGGUGGUUGAGAAGCUGGAAAAAUGGAGUUGGUACAACAUAACCGUGGCAGCUGCCACUGCGGAGGGAACUGGUCCCGAGAGCCCACCUGUGCUUUGCAGAACCGAUGAGGAUGUUCCCGGAGCAGCCCCUCGGCAGGUAGACGUCCAGCCGCUCAACUCCACAGCGCUUCGAGUCACUUGGCGGUCUGUGUUGCCAUGGCUACAGCACGGCCAGAUCCGUGGCUACCAGGUGCAUUACAGCCACGCUGAGGGUGCCGAGUCACGCAACCUUCCCCGGAUCAAAGACCUGCUAUUGGAUGAGUCCCAGAUGGAGACGGACAACUCAACUCAAUAUGAGCUGAUUUUGGGAGGUCUGAAAGCAGAGACUUUGUACUCUGUCUCAGUAGCAGCAUACACCACCAAAGGGGAUGGAGCACACAGCAAAACCAAGCUGGUGCAGACCCUUGGGCUUGUGCCCGCCCCCCCUUGCCUUUGGGUACAUCCAGGAUCUGGUCCAUCAGUAAUGGUGCAGUGGGCUCCGCCGUUAAACUGCUCUGAGUCAGUCUCUGAUAGCCAGCCGGACCCAGUGGAAAUACACGGCUACCGCCUACAGUUUGGCCUGAAGAAUACCACUUUAGACACUGCAGUGGAUUUCACAAACCAGGAGAAAAACUUCAGUGUCAGAAACCUCUCCCCAGGCUCCACCUACGUCUUUGUCCUCUCUGCAAAAAGCCAAGCAGGCUUUGGAGAAGUAGUGCAGCAGGAAAUAACAGUUCCCUUGUACACACCCUUGGGGUAUCCCAAAAUAGCUGACUUUAAUGCCACUCACUACUCCCUCCAGUUCUUCUGGCUGCCCCCUUCCCCAGAGGAGUGCAAUGGCGUCAUUACAGAGUACACCAUAGCCUACAGUGAAGCUGGGGAUCUCAGGCCCUCCUCUGCCUCACCUCCAGCCCUCCUCGCUCACCCGCGCCUGGUCACGCUUCCAGCAAAUGAGUCCAGCUACACCAUCUUGGGCCUCAAUCACAGCACAGCCUAUGAGGUGCAGUUGAGAGUACACAACCAGGCAGGGCCAGGGCCCUUCAGCCCACCAGUGGUAUGCCAAACACUGGCCUUUGAAACAGAUGUCCCAAGGAAUUUUUCAGUCAAUCUGGCCACUAAGACGAGCAUUCUUCUGAUGUGGGAGUUUCCAGAGAGCAGCAACCCUUAUCGCUUUACUGUGGAGUAUAACCGGCAGAAGAUGGAGGUGGAUGCUCGUCUGAGAAAAGCUAUCAUCCCGAACCUUCAACCCGACACCAGCUAUGAUUUUAAGAUCACAGCGCCAGAGGGCAACAUGGGAGGCCUCCGCCAUCGCAUCACCGCAAAGACAUCGCCACCAUUCACCAUCCGCCGCCCUGAGAUCGACCACACCCGUGAAACAGAGACAACUGUUACCAUCAUACUGCCGUCUCUGGAGAUUCGCACUUCUGUCAAGAACGUCUACGUUGUGGUGGUGCCACUGAGGAGAGCCCGCGGUGUCAUCAGGCACCUCAAAAGCCCAGACGAAAUGGACUUGGAAGAGCUGUUGAAAGACUUCAGUCAGAGACAGAGAGAUUCUCGGCAGCAGAAGCAGGUGGACCUACGGCGGGCUUACAUCACGGCCCGCUUCACUCCUGCCACCCUCCCAGCCUUCUUCACGCUGGGGGACCAGCUGGACUAUGGGGGUUUUGAAAACCGAGCACUGGAGCCAGGACAGGAGUACGUCUUCUUCAUCCUGGCUGAGCUAAACUCCACAACUGGGAAGAUGUACGUGGCCAGCCCUUACACAGACCCCGUGAUCGCACCGGAUUCAGACCCACAGCCACUCGACGCAGGUGAUGGUCUGAUCUGGGUGGUAGGACCCGUCCUGGCUGUGGUCUUCAUCAUCUGCAUUGUGAUCGCAAUCCUCCUUUACAAAAACAAACCUGACAGCAAGCGCAAGGACUCUGAACCUGGAACAAAGAGCCUUUUAAGUAAUGCAGAGAUGAUGGCCCACCACCCCACGGACCCUGUGGAGAUGAGACGCAUCAACUUUCAGACGCCAGGAAUGAUGAGCCAUCCUCCCAUCCCCAUCAGCGAGCUGGCUGAGCACAUCGAGCUGCUGAAAGCUAACGACAACCUGAGACUCUCCCAGGAGUACGAGUCCAUUGACCCGAGUCAGCAGUUCACCUGGGAGCAUUCCAACCUGGAGGUGAACAAGCCCAAAAACCGCUACGCUAACGUCAUAGCGUACGACCACACGAGAGUCAUCCUGGCUCCCAUAGAAGGUGUCCUGGGCAGCGACUACAUCAAUGCCAACUACAUCGACGGCUACAGGAAGCAGAACGCCUACAUCGCAACCCAGGGUCCGCUGUCGGAAACGUUCGGCGACUUCUGGAGGAUGGUGUGGGAGCAGCGUGCCGCCUCUGUGGUCAUGAUGACACGCCUGGAGGAGAAGUCACGGAUAAAGUGCGACCAGUACUGGCCAAGCCGAGGCACGGAGACUUAUGGGAUGAUCCAGGUCACCCUACUGGACACUAUGGAACUUGCCACAUUCUGUGUCCGCACAUUUUCCCCUACACAAGACGGCAGCAGUGAGCGCCGGAGAGGUACGUCAGUUCCAAUUUACAGCUUGCCGGAUCACGGUGUUCCUGAGGUAUCCCACCCCUUCCUCAACUUCCUCCGUCGAGUCAAAAGCCUGCAACCCUCCGACGCCGGACCCAUCAUCGCUCACUGCAGUGCCGGCGUUGGUCGCACUGGAUGCUUCAUUGUCAUCGGCAUGCUGGAGCGCAUUCGACAUGAGCGCAGUGUGGAUAUCUAUGGUCAUGUGACACUGAUGCGCUCGCAGAGAAACUACAUGGUGCAAACGGAGGAUCAGUACAGCUUCAUUCAUGAGGCGCUGCUGGAGGCCGUGGCCUGCGGGAACACGGAGGUGGCAGCCAGGAGUCUGUACUCGUACAUGCAGAAACUGUCCAAGGUGGAGAACGGAGAGCACAUCAUCGGCAUGGAGCUGGAGUUUAAGCGACUGGCUAACACCAAAGCGCACACAUCGCGGUUUGUCACAGCCAACCUGCCUUGCAACAAAUUCAAGAACCGACUUGACAUCAUGCCCUAUGAGACCACUCGUGUCUGCCUCCCAAUCAGAGGCCUGGAAGGUUCUGACUACAUCAACGCCAGCUACAUAGACGGAUACAGGCAGCAGAGAGGCUACAUUGCCACACAGGGCCCACUGGCUGAGACCACGGAGGACUUCUGGAGGAUGCUGUGGGAACACAACUCCACUAUUGUAGUCAUGCUCACCAAACUGAGAGAAAUGGGACGGGAGAAGUGUCACCAGUAUUGGCCUGCUGAGCGCUCAGCCAGGUACCAGUACUUUGUGGUGGACCCAAUGGCCGAGUACAACAUGCCCCAGUACAUCCUACGAGAGUUCAAAGUUACAGAUGCUCGGGAUGGCCAAUCACGGACUGUUCGUCAGUUCCAGUUCACUGAUUGGCCAGAGCAAGGUGUGCCCAAAUCUGGGGAGGGCUUCAUUGAUUUCAUUGGCCAAGUGCACAAAACCAAGGAGCAGUUCGGCCAGGAUGGACCAAUCAGUGUACACUGCAGUGCUGGCGUGGGGCGGACAGGUGUCUUCAUCACUCUGAGCAUUGUCCUGGAGCGGAUGCGUUACGAAGGAGCUGUGGAUAUCUUCCAGACUGUCAAAAUGCUGCGCACACAGAGACCAGCCAUGGUGCAGACUGAGGAUGAGUACCAGUUCUGCUAUCAGGCUGCUUUGGAGUACCUGGGUAGCUUUGACCACUAUGCAACGUAAGCAUUGCGACAACAUCGUGCCACCUUUCUACUUCGAGUUCCAGGAGCGAACAAGAGAGCCUGAAGUAACAUGAACAUCGAACCUUUCUGGGAACAAGAUUCAAAGACGAAUUCGACACCAACAAGGACCUAAAAAUUUAAAGACACCAACAAGUGAUGAGAAACGCACCGACACUCAUCAGGAACGUUGCUGUUGAGUGCGCAGACUGUCCAUGUGUAAUCCAUAUACGUACCUCAGUGUUCCAGUGUGAAGGGCGCUUAAUACAUGUGUGUUGUGGUCAGCUAUCGCCAAUAUGAACCAGUGAAAUACAAACAGCUUCUGAACAUGAAUUAUGAUACUAUAUCUGUAUAAAAUACAAAAAAAAAAAGGAAAAAAAUCCACACACACAAAGAGCCUGGAUAUUUGCUGCACCCUAAAUGGGCUUUUAUCCUCAACUUUGUAUCUGCUGGUUUGGUGUACUACGAGGUCACAAAGUGAACAUUUAUGUGUGUUUUAAAGAUCAUUCUGAUCCCAGUUUACAGCAGCCUCGCUGAUCCGAGGACUGUUGGAGGAGCUUGCGGACGUUUAUUUACUCAACGCACAGUGCCAAGAAAGAGUCUCCACAGAGUGGACGUGAUCUGUGAGGAGUCGUGUGGUCCCUCUGUUACCCAGCGUACAGGAAGCCAGAGUAGAAACAUCAGUUCACGUGCCCCACUUUUGUCCUCCAGAAUAACAGCUGGUCCCCGAGCAGCGAUUAGAGCCCACCAGUAAUCAUUUGUAAUCAAAGGCUUCUUUUCCCCGUCGCCUUUCAGAAGCGCUUGCUUGCUUUUUUUUUCCCCCUUUGUCCUUGUUCAUCCUCCAGCUCACCUCCUCUUGAUGUCAAUCCCAUUGCGUCAGC